UGAGAAAGAGAGAGAGAGUUAAUGCAUGUGCAAACUUCGUGGCAGCCUCCACUCCACCGUCACUCACGCGAAUACACGCGUAGAUUUGAAAAUGCGGGCGUGCGCAAGGUGGAAUGGCUCGAACCCGGAACCUCCUGCAGCAGGGGUACAAGUGCACCGAGUGACAAAAAUGGAUUAACGCAUCUUCCGUGCAACUUUUCAUUCAUUUAUUUAUUUUAAGUCUCGUUGGGAAGUGCGUGACAUUUCCACGCAAAUCCAAGCGAGUAUCCGGUCGGGACAAACAAAUCUCGUGCGCAAGUCUCGCCGGCUCUCAUGGGACUCGGUCACUCGUCGCGUUGUUUGCUGCUUCGGCGGAAGAUGGCGGAGGCGGACGGCUGCGAGCGGCACCAAGUCGUCACCUCCCACUUCUCCCAAUCGUCCCAGCCGCCCCGCGCGGCCAAACCAGUGCCUACCGCCCACCACCAGCGCCAACACGCGCCCCGCGGCGCCGCCCCGCAGGGCGCCUGUCCCGCUCGAGGCAAGGGCGCUAAAUUCAUCAGCCCCGAGGAGAUGACGUCGCGGGACUACUACUUUGACUCCUAUGCACACUUUGGCAUCCAUGAGGAGAUGCUGAAGGACGAAGUGCGCACGCUCACCUACCGCAACGCCAUGUAUCACAACAAGCACGUGUUCAAGGACAAGGUGGUGCUGGACGUCGGGAGCGGCACGGGAAUCCUGUCCAUGUUCGCCGCCAACGCCGGGGCCAAACACGUCUACGGGAUCGAGUGCUCCAGCAUUUCCGAGUAUUCCCAGAAGAUCAUCGAGUCCAACCAUCUGCACAAUGUCAUCACCAUCUUCCAGGGCAAGGUGGAGGAGGUGGAGCUCCCCGUGGACAAGGUGGACAUCAUCAUCUCCGAGUGGAUGGGUUACUGCCUCUUCUACGAAUCCAUGCUCAACACCGUCAUCUUCGCCCGGGACAAGUGGCUGAAACCGGGAGGCCUGAUGUUCCCCGACCGAGCGUCCCUCUACGUGGUGGCCAUCGAAGACCGGCAGUACAAGGACUUCAAGAUCCACUGGUGGGAAAACGUAUACGGCUUCGACAUGAGCUGCAUUCGGAACGUGGCCAUCAAAGAGCCGCUGGUGGACGUGGUGGACCCCAAGCAGGUGGUCACCAGCGCCUGCCUGCUGAAGGAAGUGGACGUCUACACAGUGAAGCCGGACGACCUGACCUUCACGUCGGCGUUCUGCCUGCAGGUGCAGCGCAACGACUACGUGCACGCGCUGGUCACCUACUUCAGCGUCGAGUUCAGCAAGUGUCACAAGAAGACGGGUUUCUCCACCGCGCCGGAUGCGGGCAGCACACACUGGAAGCAGACAGUCUUCUACUUGGAGGACUACCUGACGGUGAAAAAAGGCGAGGAGAUAUUCGGCAGCAUCGCCGUCAGGCCUAACGAGAAGAAUGUGCGCGACCUGGAGUUCACUCUGGAGCUCGACUUUAAAGGCCAGCUAUGCGACGCCGCCAUCUCCCACGACUACAAGAUGCGUUAAGGCACCCCA